AUGGACUUUACUAUUGAAAGCAAAGAAUUCAAAAAUCCUCAGAAUGAUUCCAGUCAUAAAAUUCGACGUCCAAAAUGUAUUGCGACUAAUCCAACAGUUGCAACUAUUGUCGCGAAAGCAGUUACUGUUAGCAAGCUUGAAAACAACGAAUUAACAGCAGUUGGUAAAUAUGGAUUUGCAUUGGCUGGAGAUGUGAAGUUAAAUUAUUAUCAACUAUUACUUUAUGGUAGUAAAAAUUCUGUUCUCGUCAAUCUUGUAAUAACCAAAGACUUCAAGUACAAUGUAAAUGAAAACAAUACAGUCCGAUUUGUAUCCAAAGAAAGUUGGCAUUUAGAAUUUUCAAAUACAAAUGACUCUGUGGACUUCAACUCGCAUCUGGCAUUUGUACUGUGGAAAAUUAAUGGGUUUAAGGAACUGUUUUGGUUUGAUCUUUAUUAUACUUCUCGCAAUGAGAAUGCAGCAAUUCUUGGUAGUGUUGUAGAGAUAAUUUAUGUUGCAAAUACAAUUCAGGGUAAGACAAUUGGCCCAGAAGUUUCUAAUAACAUUGAAGAUAACCGAUACUUGAAAGUUAAUGUUAAUCAAGAAGGCUGGGAAAGGUCUUUGUUAGGAGUUAAUGACAACACUCAAAGAAUUGUGUUCAUACCAGUUGCUGAAAUGGGUGCUUGGAAAAUUUUAACUAAUGGGCGACAAUGUUUAUGUUUAACUGUGACUGUUAAGAAUGUUUACGAAAUCAAAGAAAAUGUCAUAAAUAAUUUUCCAGAAAGUAUAAGCCAGGAACCACUAAAUUCAGCUCCUAAAAAUGACUCUACUUUGAUUCAAGCAAAAGAAAUUGUUGAAGAUAACCUAACUGUUGAAGCUGUUGCAGCACCAAAAGUUUGCAUUGAAUCACUUUAUAAAGAAUUUGAAAAUUUGAAAAUAGAUAAUAUAAGAACCAACGAGAGAUUAACAAAAUUAGAAGCAUUGGUUAAAGAGAAGCCAAAUAAAAAAGAAAACUCAAGUGAGUUAAAAAAAUCUAUGAAAACCCUAUAUAAGAAUAUAGCCCGUGAGUUUCCUGUUGAUCAAACAUUUUCUGGAAGUGAAAUUCAAACAAAAAUCCAAAAUAUUUUUCAUAAUACGUUAAUGUGCUCUAAUCAGUCUCAUUCCAAUAAUGACUAA